UGCUCCACCUCAGUGAGACGGAAUCACCUGGAGUUCUAUCGCCCGGUACACCAAACCUUACCACAGAUGGCUAUGCUCUGAGCCGCUCCAGUCCAGAUUUAACGCAUUAAUAUUGAAAGAAUGCUUUUCGCUUUAAUUUCUUACAGGUUCGAUUCCAGUCAGGAUGUUUGGGAAUUUGAAACGCUAGUGACUUCAGGUCCCUUGGAAGACUGUGUGCGGUAACUCUCAGGGCGCACGGCUCCGGGUGUUGUUGCUACACUAUUAGCGAGAUCAACAGCCUACCUUAUCGCAAUUCUCGGAGAGCGACUACCGUUGGCGGAGACCCACCUUGGGGAGUAGGGCAACUUUUUCUUGGGAUCUUUGUCACCGUGAAUCGUGUGUCUUUAAUGAUCUUAUACCAGUUGGAUUGUCUAUCUGAUCAGAAUAGUAGUGUGGUCAAGGACAAUUCUAACUAUGGAAUUUGGAUUCGGUUAUCCUCCUAAAUAGCCAGAAGGUAGCCCACGGAGAGUUAUAGAUGUUGUGACGUUUAACUUGUUUUCAAAACAUCAGUUUGGAUAUUAUACAUCCCAGGAAAACUGUGAUCAUUCACUAUGCUGUUCUAUCAUCAUUUCUGGAUUGCCGGAUUCUCAGUGUUGGCGGUUUUGGAGAAUACUAGCAGCGAUAUAGUAGAUACACCUAUCUUUGACACUCGUCCUGAAAAUGUGACAGUUUUAGCUGGAGAGACGGCGACCCUACCUUGUCAAGUUGAUAGCCUCGGCAAGAAAUAUAAGGUGGUAUGGAUGAGUCCGAAGAUGAUAUUAAUAUCAAAUGGAGAUCGCCGGUUAAUGGACGAUGACCGGAUGUCGGUUGAGCGUCCAUACGAUCCUGAUUGGAACCUGCACAUCCGGAAGGUCCGGUAUGAUGACAGGGGCAUGUAUAGGUGUACCCUAAACACGGACCCAGUCAGUGUCAAGUCAGUACACCUCCGGGUCGACGUGGCACCUGAUAUCAAUGAGGAAUGGUCGAGCAGUAAUACGGUUGUUAACGAAGGAAGUACUGUGGAGCUACACUGCAAUGCUUCCGGUGUCCCCACGCCAAACAUACGGUGGUACCGGAAGACCAAGUACACCUCUACCAUGGAAAAGGAACCGAUCGGAACCCCCGGCGAGAUUCUGUUCAUACACAACAUAAGUCGGUACUGUGAUGGCAUCUACGAAUGUGUUGCCUCCAACGGAGUGGCGGAAGACGAGUCGAAAGAGAUCAAAGUCGAUGUUCAGUUUAAACCGGAAGUUCGGCUGCUGACGUCACGGAUGGGACAAUACGUGGGUAAAGAAACUAUUUUAAGCUGUAUUAUAUCGGCAUCACCUCAGGCAGAGGUUUUCUGGAGAAAGGGAGAUAAAAAAUUGGUGACAGAAUAUGGAAAAUAUCGUUCUGAUGUAUUCCACGACCGGCCUCAUACCCUGACUCUCAAUCUACAAAUCCACAACCUGCAGAAAGAAGACUUUGGCAACUAUACUUGCGAAGCAUCCAACAAAUUGGGAAGAGACAGUGAAAACAUGCUUCUAUACGAAUAUGCUACACGGAAGAUAGAGAUUCCCACGAGCACGUUUCCUCCAGGAAAGGCCAAUAUUCGCGGCAGUAGCGGAGCGGGUACGACCACGACUUUCCCACGUUAUAAUAACCAAAUCACAGCAUAUAACAAAUACAAUCAAAACGGUCCUGUGGAAAUGGAACUCAAUGGAGCUGAUGGUUACUUCCGGAAGUCCGUAUCUGUAUUACUACGCACUUUGACAUGGACGUUAUGUAUAGUUGUAUACAAUCUGUGCUCAUUCACGUGACAUCCGCGUCGAAACAUUUAAAUACCAAGAAACACCUACAUACGAGGAAUUUCUACAGGCUAAUUAUAAACUCGUGGAAGGGAGAUAACUGCACCAAAGAAAAUAACACAAAAUAAUAUAGAUAAGUGUAGUCAACGAGUAUUGCACCAGACAUAAUGUACGAAGUGCAGAAACCAAAGUAACUGACAUUUUAAUGACCUACUAUUUAUUGAGGAUGUAUUAUUGGAUUCGUGGCAUGCUGUAGAGUACAUUCACACCAGCGAUGCAUGCCGACAUAGAUUUAUAUAGACGCGCAUCGUCCCAAACAAAUGUCGUAAACAGGCUGACGUCCCAAACAGAUGUCGUAAACAGUCCGACGUCCCAAACAGAUGUCGUAAACAGUCCGACGUCCCAAACAGAUGUCGUAAAAUUAUGUACAAAUGCAUUGUAAAUAUUCAAUACUUCUUAAUACUUUGUUUUCAUGAUAUCCUCUCACUUGUUAAUGCCAUAACGUCGAUUGUGUCUUAAUAUCCAAGCUGGAACAUUUUUAUUAUUACUUGUGCAUAUAUCUUGAUGGUGAUGAAAAAUAACAAUGUAGACUAUUACAUGCACGUGUAAAUAACCAUGAGUUCAAAUUCGUAGCACAGCUUCAAUGUCUGCUAGGGAGGAGGGUUUUCUUUUAAGUCUUGUUCUAUCCCAUUUCAUAAGAAUGCUAUGCAAUAUUCAACUCUGACCAAAACAUUCUAUAAGAAAAAUCUUCGUUUCCUCUUUUUUAAGUUCAAAUAUAUCACAACAUAACUAUCUAUAUCCCAUGAUAGUUGUAGAGGUUCUACUGUACUGCAUUGACGUUAUGAAGGCGAAUUAGUUUAUCAAUCCAUACAAGAGUAUCGAAAAAAGUUGAAAAAAAAUAUAUAAAAAAGAAAGGGAAAGAAAUGGUUUUACAUGUAUCCAAAUAGUUAAUAUCUGCAUCGCAAACAAUUUUGUGGUAUUAUUUAGGGCUCAAUCCAUGAUUGUACAGGGUUCAGCUUUACGUUCGCGAUCGAGCUAAUCGAAAUACCACAUGGUGUGGCUCCGUGUUCGCUUCUCGUUUGUUUCUAUUCUGGCUUCUCACAUUACAUAGAAGAUUUUACAAACUAAUUAUCGUAUUAUUUCUCUUCAUCAGUCCUCGUAUGAAUUAUAUAUGCUUACCCUCGACGUUAGGAUCACAGGAUGGCGGAUAGACAUAAUUCUGUAUUCAGGAUGUCAUUAGUAAAGGGUUAGUGUUUAACAAACAAUGUUAUGGGGACGUAUCUACUCCGAGGUUUGUGAUUAAGUCCUCGUGUGACUACGAGGAUUAUAUGGUGUGCAUAACUUUGUAAAUCUGUCAAUGAUGUGAUAUCGAUUGUGAAGAUUAUUUGAAUGCCUCCUGGCUAUCUACGUAAUACACUGCUUAGCAAUGACGUCACAGUGCUUAUAUAAUGCUCUAAGAGAAAAGGUUUCAGCUUGUCUUAAACACACAUAGUAGAUACAUGAGUAUAUAGAAUGCACAUGCAGGGUUGUUUAGAUAUUCACAUUGAUGAAACAUUUAAAUAUCUAGUUGUGUAAAUGUAUGAAGCGAUGGAUUUCCACGUCCGUUUUCCUAUCCGAUGCAUAGUUAAGUAAAUUCAUGAGCAGCUCCACAGAUAAGAUUCACUCUAAAACAUGCCUCUCGCAGGAUUCAUGCUGUAGUGACACGGUUUGCUUUAUUCUCGUUUCAUGUUUGUGUCUCAGUGAAUACCCCGAAACUGAGAUAUCAAAUGUAUUUCACAACGGUAGAUUAUUCUUGAGAUAUGAAAUCUUCUCUUUGGAGAUUAAAGAUAACAUAUUUAGAAUGACUGUUUGAAGCAGGUACUGUGGUAUAAAUAUAUUUAUCUCGAACUCUGAAACUCGAAGGGUCUAUUCGACUCGAAGUAAUCUUGGUUAUCUCCCUCC